GAACACACUUAAAGUUUUAUAGUUUUAUUUGGCUUCAAAAAAAACUAACAACACAGAGCGUAUAAGUAUAGCAGAGAAUAAAGAUGGGUCAAUCACAGUCGCAGGGUCCUCUCAUGGAAGUACAGAAGGAACUGGAAGUUUGCGAAUCCUGCUCGAUCAAAGAUCCGCAGUUUAAUAAGUAUGAUAAAGGAGGUAUCGAGGAAUGCGAGAUAUGCACAAGACCUUUUGUUUAUCUGUUUUGGCAUGUGGAGGGGUUUCCACCAUAUAAGGGAACACGCAUUUGUCGCUCAUGUAGCAAGCUGCGUAAAGUUUGUCAAUGCUGCCUCGUUCAAUUUCACGAUCCUGAAGCUAAGCCAGUGUUUCAUUCGUUUUGUACAUCCAAGUAAAUGUCUAAGUUAUGAAGCUGCCACCUGAUUUGUUUACUUUGACGGGACUAUUCUCGUUUUACUUAGAUUUGCUUACUGAUAAUUUUCACAAUUAACUUGAUCAUAUUUUUUUUUUUUUAAAGAUAGAUACGAUGAAGUUUCAUUUUCGACCAAAACCUUUCACAAGUCAACCCGAUUUUAGGGAUUAAACCUUUGAUUUUGAGGUCUCAUUUCCACAAGACUAAGCUUAAUUAGAUUGAUUGUACUUGAAAUAAUGAUCAAUUAUAUGUUAAGGUGUUUUUAACUUUGUUUUAGAAAAAACAAGGGAAAGUGUUUCUAGCUUACUAUCAAGCUUUUGGAUUUCCUUCUUUCUCCCUUUGCUCUUUGAUGACGAAAUAAAUAUGAAUGCAGGAAAGAGAAAGAUGAUAGCAUUAAAAAUGA